AUAAAUUGUAUUUUUGCCCUUCACCCUCUUUUUUCGUUUUUUUUAAAAUCUCAAAUGGCCAGUUACCCCUGUUUUCACCAGUUGCUACUUCUGUAUAGACAGUAAUAAAGUUGUCGUUCUCUCAAUUUUCAUGGCCGCUAUAUCAAACUUCACAAGAGAAAAUGCCUUACUCUCCCGCCUCAAAGCCUUUAUAUCCUUGCAGAGAUUUAAACAUUCAUUUGCUGAACAAGAACGUCAGUUUCAAGUUUCGAAUGAUACGGAAACUGGUUGCUCCGUGAAUGAAGCAGGUCAAAUUGACUUCUCAAAAUGGAGGAAGCUGGACUCAAGGAACUUUGGGAUUAGUAGAUCAGUGAUACCGCCAUCAUCCUGGAUUGUUCUGAAGAUUCUGCAUAGUGAAGGGUUUGAAGCGUAUCUGGUUGGUGGAUGCGUCAGAGAUCUAAUUCUCAAUAGAAUACCAAAAGAUUUUGAUAUAAUCACAAAUGCAAGACUUCGACAGAUAAAAAAACAAUUUCAUCAUUGUGAAAUAGUUGGACGAAGGUUUCCAAUAUGUAGAGUGCAUGCCAAAGGUUCUGUUGUUGAGGUAUCAAGCUUUGAUACUGUGGCAAAACAUUCUGAAAAGGAAGAGGAAUGCUUUGUUCCUAAAAUGCCUAAGGGAUGUGCUGAGAAAGAUUUCAUUCUCUGGAAUAAUUCCAUGCACAGAGACUUCACUAUUAACAGCUUAUUUUUCAAUCCGUUCGUGAAUAGAAUCUAUGAUUAUGCCAAUGCAAUGCAGGACCUAAGAUCAUUAAAGCUACGGACUUUAGUGCCUGCUCAUUUGUCAUUUGGAGAAGAUUGUGCAAGAAUCUUGCGUGGCUUGAGAUUGGCUGCUCGUCUUAACUUAUCCUUUACAGAGGAGAUAGAAGAUGCAAUGCGUGAACUCUCAUCAUCCAUCAUGAGCUUGUCCAAGUUUAGAAUAAUGAUGGAACUGAACUAUAUGAUGUCAUAUGGGGCUGCAGAGCCUUCUCUUUCUUUACUUCAGAGAUACAAUAUCCUUGAGAUUGUGUUGCCAUUUCAUGGGGCAUACCUUGCUCAACAAGCUAGCAAACAAUUGUAUAAUAGUUCUGUGAUGCUGAUGAAAUUAUUUUCCAGCUUGGAUCGAUUGGUCACCUGCGGUCAACCUUCGCAUGAUAGUGUGUGGGUUGCACUCUUGGCAUUUCAUAUGGCAUUGAUCACAGAUCCUCAACAUGCGUUUGUCAUCCUGACUUUUGCUUCUGUAUUGUAUCACGCAAAUUGGAAGGAAGCUGUUAAAUUUGCAGAAAAGCAUUCUGAAGAUGCAGCUGUUUAUGGACCUGAAUUCUCUAAUUCUCAAGGCUCCAUUUCAGAUGAUGAACUUGCAAAAAAAGUUGCACAGCUAGCAGUGCAAGCCCAAAAAUCUAUAAACAUUUUAACUGACAGGGACUGCCUCCUGGAAGCUAUGUCCAAUUUCCCAGGAGCCCCUUGCUCUGGUUUGGUCUUUGUAUCAAACAAAAUGGGUAGGACUGUCGAGCUUAUGUUUGACAUUCUGGUGAAAGAUGUUACAUCUCUCAAAACUAGGAAGAACAGUUACAGGAUAGAUUACGGUUCUCUUGGGAAAGGAUACAUGCGAGAGACAAGGUUUCUUCUUGGCAAAGUUAUCCUUGAUACUGUAGUUCCUAGAGUCACCCCCGGUGUUAAUAAAGAGAUCAUAGAGGAGAAACAUAUCCUGUUAGAAGUUGAUGGUCAACAGAAGGAAGAUGCUUCCCCGGAGAAUUUCCAUGAAAAUUUGGGGCUAAUGAAGCCGACGUUUGUGUCUGAAGAUGAUAACUUGCUUAAUGAAAACUAUCAACUCCAACACGAUAUUUUUGAGAAGAAAAAGUUAAAUCAGAAGGGAUGCAGUGAUUUGGUGGCGGCAGUAACCAAGAAGCAGGAGAUUGUUGCUGCUGAGCACUCCGAGAAGAUGGCUGUCAAGAAGCAAGAUUUGACUGUUGAUACAAAUUUUCUGAGUCAGGAACUGGAUAGAGAGGAUACUGUAACUAAGAAGAAAGCUAAGGGUGAGCAUGCUCCUCAGUUGCCGAAGGAUGAAGUAAGGUUGCUGCUGGAAGAGGUGAAACAACUACACUGCCGCGAUGCAACAGGAAAGGAGAAAAAGAACGACAAGACGAUUCAGAAGACUGCCAUUAACCCUUUGAAUCUUUUGACGAAUUAUGUGGCUCCUAAGGAUCACAAAUUCAGAGAAAAGCAUGAUUCCUUGCAACAAGAACAUAGUAUUGAUGAAGUAAACCUUGAAGUAAACCUGAAGUUAGAUAGUAAAAAUCAUAGUUCUUGGGGGAUGAAAUUGGUUUCAGCUGAGAAGGACAAACAAACGG